GCAUUGAUAACCUUCCUUCCGAAAUUCAUUAUCAUUUUACUGAGUUAACAAAUAAGGAUCAAGAAAUUGAGCAACUGGCAGAGAGAAUAGAGCGUCGUAAGAAAAGACUGUGGUGUCUAUAUGAUGGUGUCCCGCUUGAAGAAGAUAGUGAUUGUUCUGUAAUGGAAAGUGUUUACGAAGAUCAAGACACAGAGGACGAUGACUCAGAUAGUGAAGUCGAAGAUCGUAACGAAGAUGAACAAAGCGACGAUCAUAUUGUUAAAAAGAAGCGGCGCCGUGUGUCCCGCGUUAUUACUGAAUUCGAAGACGAAGAAAUGUUAAAAGAUAAGAUAAUUAAAGAUUACGUAAGAGCUUCGCAAUUACAAGAUGAAAAGAUCGAAAUUGCUGAUAAGGCUCUGGCACUGGUCGAAAGGCAUAUAAAACGUCUUGAUGAAGAUUUUGAUAGUCUAUUUCCUCAACAUAAUCUUCGUGAAAAUCUUCAGGAAUCUUCUACUUCGGCUCCACCGAGUCCGUCCAGGUUAGAAUUAGUGUCAAACCAGCCAACGACACAUCACGUGAAUACCACAUCAACAUCACAAGCAACUAGAACACAAGUUCAACCAAUUCCAGCAGUAACACCUAUGUCUGCGUCCACAUUUCCUAAUACAUUUGAUUAUAAUAAAUUUUAUUAUCCCUCAUCAAGUGCUGAAUCUGAAGAAAUUCCAUUGCCAUUUUUACCAAAUCCAAGUCCGUCUGCAACACGGUGUAAUAAAGACUCUAUGAUCUCAGGUCGUCGGCCGCCUGCAGUACCUGUUAGUGGUAAUAGUGCAAGACGUCGAAAACAAAUUUCUCAGAAUAACAUAUCUACUUAUAUAUCAUCAAAUUCGGACGCAUCAAUGAAUAGUCAUCUCUCGAGAGGAAUCAAAGUACGAAUGCAGAAUGGUGAAGAAAAUGGUCCAUCGUCUGUUAAUGAUCAAAUCUCGAAUGGUGACAUUGAUCUAAAUAUAUUGGAUCCAAAUGCUGAUGCAUAUGAAAAUACACUUAUGACUGGCACCAACUCAUUCUCAUCAGGCUUUGUACAGCCUGUUGAUCCGAAUGAGCCAGUAUAUUGUAUUUGUAGACAAGUCAGUUUUGGGGAAAUGAUUGGUUGUGAUGGAGAGAAUUGUCCUAUUGAAUGGUAUCAUCUCGACUGUGUCGGACUCAAAGCUGUACCGGAGGGCAGGUGGUAUUGUGAUACUUGCAUAGGAAAUGCAACAAGCCAAAUGAAAAAAAGAAAAAGAGGUCGGCCAGCUGGAUCGUGA